CAGAUUUGCUACAUCUGCGUAAGCGCAGUUCUCUUGGCACUCAAACUCCAUCGUGCUGCGCGGUCAUGCUGCGACCAAUGGCGCCUUCGCAGCCCGUGAGCCCGUCACUUGCUGCGCUCAAUCUGUCUUUCUCUCUACAUACUUAUCUUUCUUCUCGCUGACGAUGCUUUUGGAGCCUAAUCGUUGAAGUCCGCUUUAUUCCUUGCGACUGCGCCGCGCGCAGUCCCUAUCCCAGCCGAGCGGCGCUCGCAGUAUUUCAAAUGUCGCAAGCAGUGCGUAAUGCGCUUGCGAGGCGGUUCGGGUCAGAUGAGCGUAGCGACUGCCAGGUGCACUUCUUUCUGGAAACGGUUCCUGCUGAACACAUAACGGGCACGGCCUCUGUGUCCGAGGAGCACGCCCUCUCCACCGACGCGAGCGGCCGUGUGCUCGUGGGCAACCCCCUGCCCGCCCACAGCCAGAUCCUGUCUGAUGGCUCGGCGCGCUUCUGUGCCGAGCUGGAGCGCUGGAAGAGCGAAGCAGCUGGCGAAGCAGCUGCUGACAGCGCCCCUCAUAGCGGCGGCGGCACCGCAGCCGCUGCUGCCUGCAGUGGUCUGGACGCGGCAGCGGGCGGAGCCGCCCGGCCGGCGAAGCGGCAACGCGUGGAGGGCGGUGCAGCGCCGGGCGAGGCUGCGCGUGUGCAGCUUUACGUGGGCCUGUGGUGCCCCGCGGAGCGGCGACUGGCGGAGGCGCUCCUUCGUUACAUGUACACGGGCGAGAUUCCGCUCACCAGCGUCCGCGACCUGCUGCAAGCGCGGCCCCUCGCUAUGCGACUGGCGAUUGAGGGCGGCGUGGAGGCGUGUGAUAGCUCAUUGAUCCAGCUCGCAAGCGCCUUGGACUCCGUAAAAGGACUGCAGGCCAGGUCGUUCGUGGAGGAGCUGCAUGCCUGCCGUGCGCUGCUGCCUGAGCCGGCCAGCAGCGCCGGCGCCGACCCCACGGGCCCCGCCUUGAGGCGCGACCUGAUGACCUCGUGCCGCAGUGCCAUUGCUCGAUACUGCGAGAGCAUGACCGCAUCUGAACUGGCAGCAGUGGAAGCAGGGCUGGCAGCGGCAGCGCCGGCAGCUGCAGCAGCAGCGCCGGCGGCAGCAGCAGGACUGGCAGCAGGACCGGCAGCGCCGGCAGGGGCAGGGGCGGCAGCGGCAGGGGGGGCAGCAGCAAGGCCGGUGGCAGAGGAGGCUGCCCCAUACCUUGGCGAGCUGCUUGCGUUUGCUUUUGAGGACACGCUUGCGGUUCUGAAUGACGGCGGUUCCCUGAUCAAGGUAAAAAUGCUGCCACCGGCGGCGCUGGAGGCAUUGCUGGCGUCGGAGGGCUUCGGGACAGACGACGAGGCGAGCGUCGUGCUGCUGCUGGCGGAGUGGCGUUCCGCCAACGCAGCCGCUGCCGCGCAGGGCGACACGAUGCGACGGCUUCUGCGCCGCAUCCGGUGGGCGCACGUCAGCUGCGAGUUCCUUUCGUUCGUGGCGCCGCGUGUUGGCUGGCUGGGCGUGAGCUGGGAGCGUGCGGCGUGGCUGAGCGCUUAUGCCCGCGCACCGCAUGAUAACUACCGCACGACCAUGCUGGGACACGGGCGAGGUGAACACGCGGCCUUUGAGGCAGGGCUUCGGGCGCCACGCCGGCCGCCGGCGCGACCCCUCGGUGCGCGGCCCUUCAGCGUGGAUGCAGAGGAGGCGACCCAGCACGCGGAAGAGCGCGUUCUAUCUGCCGGCUGCUCCAAGACCCUCGCGAUGGGCUUUGCAUGGAGACCGUUCAUCCGUGCUAGCCGUGACGAGUUAGUUGUUGGCCUGACGUGCCUUGUGCCGGCCUCCCUGUCACAGCAGGCGGCGUCCAGAUCGGGGGCUGCCUUCCCGGGCAAUGAUGUAGUCCUCUACCUGCACAAGGGCAACUCAAGUUACGAGUUCCACUUCAGCGCAAGCGUGCGAGCUGUGGGCAUCGGAGGUCUAAAGAAGGCCGAUUUCAAGGUGCCCGCUUGCGGGGAUGCCGCAAAGUGGUGGGCGCAGUACCUGCAGGACGGCCAGCUGCGCGGGGAGGUGGUGUGGAAGGCCUGAGCCCAAAGGCCUGGCGGGGCGGGUGCGGGGGAGAGAGGGGUCACACGUGCGGUACGGUAUACAAAAGGGACUACCGAAGUGCGUAGUGCAGGCAAAGCACGGAACUUUCUGUGAGCGCUCAGAAGCUGAGGUGGUGCUGGCGUGCCGGGGCUGCGUUCCAUGCGUGUGGCGUUGGUUCGCAGGAAUGGGUGGGACGUGCAUCGCGGUUGGUGUGGCGAACAUUACGGCGUUACCGGCUGCGGCACCACGCCUGAUUUGUAUGCCGUGGUUGUUUGUUUCUAUGUGCUGCCUGGAUGUGCGGAGCAGAGGCAGCUGUUGAUAGUUGAGCGUGAACUGUAAGGACUGCGCGCGGGGCUUGGCGCAGGAGGCAGGGGCGGGCUGCGCGCAUGUUGCAAGGCAUACAGCAGUGCGGUUCUGGUGGCCCCGUGUCUCCCAGUUAGAUGGGUGCGAAUCACGAGCACCCGGCGCUGUAGAACCGUGGACUGUGUGGUCCUCUCCGCACUCUGCAGCAGGUAUGUGAACAGAUGAUCCUGGCGAGUGUGCAAGUAUGUGAACAGGUAUUCCUGGCGAGACAUGAAUGCGCCAGGCCUUCCGGUUUUCUGGACCAUACAUGUGUGGGCGGACAGCGGUGCGUUUUGACCUGGCAUUGGAGGCUGUGGCUGUGAGAUACUGCCGGCCGAGUAGGAGAGGGCGUACUGCCAGGCUGACUUGUGAGCAACUUAGACUUAGAGAUGUGCACAUCUGCUGUCGGGCGUGCACAUCUUUUGUGGUGGCGGGACAGCUGGGCGUGCACUGUGGGGGGGAUACAUACUGCGGGAUUAUCAGGUUGCGUGGGCUAUAUGGCGUUGCGUUGGCUGUGUGGCGUUGCGUUGGCUAUAUGGCGUGUAAGCCUAUGAAGCU